AGUUUAGGAAAUUCAUUUUCUUAAGAAAAUAAAAUCUGUCAUGGACCCACCUAAUUCACCACUUGAUCCAAAGUUUUUAUUUCGAGUUAAACGAAGUUUCCCAAAGUCGCUGUUCUAAAGAAUCGAUUUUUUUUCUCAAAGAGUUCAAAAGGAUUCAUAGAUUUAACGUAAUUUAUUGGUAAAGAUUGAAUCUUUUUGGGAUUCUGAGAAAAUGGGUUUGCUUGAAGGGACUUUUCUUGAUUGGGAAUAUGAAUCUUAUCCAUCAUAUGAAGAUUUCGCUGUUCUUCCAUUGUUUGCUCUCUUCUUUCCAUCUGUCAGAUUUUUGCUCGAUAGAUUUGUUUUUGAGAAAGUGGCCAGAAGGUUAAUAUUUGGAAAAGGACAAGAAGUGGUAGAAAAUGAGACUGAUGACCGGAGGAGAAGGAUACGGAAAUUCAAAGAAUCAGCAUGGAAAUGUAUAUAUUUUCUCUCUGCAGAAGUUUUUGCACUUGUGGUGACAUACAAUGAGCCUUGGUUUACAAAUACCAGAUACUUUUGGGUAGGGCCUGGUGAUCAGGUCUGGCCUGACCAGAUGUACAAGUCCAAACUGAAGGCACUUUAUAUGUAUACCGGCGGGUUCUAUACAUAUUCAAUAUUUGCGCUAAUAUUUUGGGAGACAAGGCGCUCUGACUUUGGAGUUUCAAUGAGUCAUCAUGUUGCCACUGCAAUUCUUAUCGUCUUAUCCUAUAAUAUCAGGUUUGCACGUGUCGGUUCAGUAGUUUUAGCCAUUCAUGAUGCCAGUGAUAUAUUCCUCGAAAUCGGAAAGAUGUCCAAAUACAGUGGUGCUGAAGCUCUUGCUAGCUUUUCGUUUAUUCUUUUUGUUUUAUCCUGGAUUAUACUUCGCCUCAUAUACUACCCGUUCUGGGUUCUUUGGAGUACAAGUUAUGAAGUUCUCCAAACCCUGGAUAAGGAGAAGCACAAAGUGGAUGGACCAAUCUAUUACUAUAUCUUCAAUUCUCUUCUAUUUUGCUUGCUGGUUCUUCAUAUAUAUUGGUGGGUGUUGAUAUACCGGAUGCUUGUUAAACAAAUCCAAGCGAGGGGCCAAUUGAGCGACGACGUUCGUUCUGAUUCUGAAGAUGAACAUGAAGAUUGACCGUGUCUGAAAACUUCUACUGCUGCUAUGUUCAUGUGAAGAAAGGAAGCAACCAAACGCUCUUAAGAACUUGUCGAUGAACUGAAGCUUCUAUGCUAUUAAGUUGAUGCUUUGGCUCAUCAAAACUUGUGAUUAGUUGAGGUAGGUUGAAGGAACUUCAUUAAUGGAGAAAGAGGCCACUUGAUCAUUUGUAGUUAAUUUUACUCCCCAUUUUCUGGUCAUUGACACUGCCAUAGGAACAUUAACAUCUUAUUUCCUCUUUCUAUUCUGUAAUUUUUUGGCACCAACAAUGUGCAUAAUGACUUUUGAUUUGUAAAAUAUUAGACUCGAAACCGUUUCGCGCCCUAAGGGAGUUGAUGUAAACUUAUUCAUUA